AAUGGAACACAUAACUGUAGAGUAUUAUCGUGCUGGUACUCCUUAUUUAUCACCAGAAGCUAUUGGGGAAAUCAUUCAAUCUCGAGAGACAGUUAAAAAUGCAUGCAGGAAAAUGGCUAAUAGAUAUAGUACUUCAACUUGUAGAAUAUAUGAAAUUUGGAAAAGACAUGCUGAAGGUAUACCCUUGCACAAACAGCAACUAAUACAUAGUGUUGUUUCUUCUGAAAUAAUGUUUGAAAAUAAUACUUCAGAUAGAAAGUCAAAGCAAAGAAACCCAGGAUCCAGUUCUAGAUCUGUUCGGGUAUCUGAUUCAGUAAAUAUUCCGAUAAAAAAAGUAGUUGAAAUAGAUGAUUUACAAGCUAGGCUUGCCCAAAAUCGCAAAGAAAAAGAAGAAGCUAAACGUGAGACGAAAAGAGUCUUAGAUUCCAACUAA